AUGUUCGUCCCCAAAACAGCAGCCUCAUCGCGCAACACGCGCAGGCGCCAGAGAAGCUCCGAGGACUCUGCCAAAGCGCCCAAAGCCAAGCGACAGCGCUCAGUAUUGCGCCAAUCGGGAGAUACUCAAGUCGCAAGCUUGAACCACGCAUCACGCGAGCUAGCGGAGCCUUCAAUUUUAGCUCCGUCCUCCGAUCUUGACAUGAUUACGAACCCGGUUGGUAUCGAAUCGCAGCUACCUUUCCGAGGCGCGAAACCAGCUGAAGAGCCCCUUCUCAAUGAGGAGGGGGGCACGGUGCUGCUGUCCAGCACCGAUUACUAUACCGUUGAACAGCUACCGGCUCUGCCAGAUCAAAUUCGGGGAUCACUCUCAGAGCCUAUCAAGUGUUUCUUCUCGCCUACACAUCGCUACGCGCUUGCCCUGACACCUACACACGCAAUUAUCUGGCCAUAUUCUGUGGCAAGCUCAACACCAUCAACAUCGGAAACUUUCACUGUUUCAAUCCCAGAAUCAUGUCGAGAUGUACAUGGUGCCGUUCCGCUUGGCGCCCUGAUCACAACUACCCCAGGAGGUCAUCCCGGGCUACUUGUUGUCAUACCGUCCACCGGAAAGAUGAUUUACUGGGAAACCGUCUCAAGUGCAGCCUCGUUAGGGCUCUCAAGGCAGAAGCAGAAUGGAGUGCAAGGAUCUACACCCGGUCUUUUCUCCGGCGAAUAUGCCACUGAGAUUAUGAGCUGUGAGCCGUCUGGGAUCAUCGUUGUUUUCUCUUCCGGUCGAGUCGCACACGUCACACUGAGAGAUCCUCAAGGGAAGCCUUCUGUACUGGUCCACUUCUUGAGCACAUCCGGCGGCGGUGCAGCAGCAGGAUUCUUUGGUGGACUGAAGAGCGUCCUCAGUGGCGGUUAUUGGAGAAAAGAGGUAACUGCAGUUCGCGCAGGCGCCUCACGCCAGAGAGGACAGCGAGAUGUGCUAGUCGCGACUUCUACAGGCGAGGUCGAAAUUUGGGACACCCAUUGGAAUCAUGGCAAUGCGCUGAAGAAGAAAUUUGAUCUCAAGGGACCGGUUACAGCUGCGAUUCCUCAAGAUUAUGUGGCAAUGCCAGGAGACACAGAAUUGAAGGUCCUUGACUUUGCACUCUCCGAGCAACAGCUUGCUGACGAAUCUGAUGAAUCCUGGCGACUUUAUGUUGUCAUCAGUACCCCUGAGCUCUUGGACGCCAAAAAAUUAUUGAUCGCACAAGUCCACCUCUCAAACACCAACAUUCGUGUGCUCUCAACACAUGCCAUCGACAUUUCGACUUUGCCGCCUGCACACGGAAACCUGAAGCCAAUGUUGCGUGUUUCGAAGGGAGAGAGUACUGCCUUUCUCCUGCUCGGACAAUCUCUUAUCAUUCUUUCCUUAACGAGCACCGAGGAGUCGCCUAGCUCUCAACUUCUCUUGGAAUCCCAUCAAAUCCCUCUGCCAUUCCAGGAUGUCGUUCAUUUCCGCACAGGGAAAGAAUAUGAAAUUCUGGGGCACGGCUUGGAGAACCUGACAGAUGAUGAAAGCUCUGCAGCUUGUAUCAUGAUGGUUCGGAAUUUCGGUGCUGUGCGAGUAAAUGUUGUGCCCCGAUUCCCGUCAGCGCUGGAAGCGGAUGAGGGUCAAGUCACCGCGAAGCACAAGAUAGAACAAGCUAUUUUCUUCGGUACCAUGGCAAAGAAUCCAUUGAAUUUGCUUGACAACAGCGGUCUCAACUUCUCUGCUUCUGAGAUCGAGCAAGCAGCAUUGGAUAUUUGCAGGGAGCUUCUUCAUUCAGAGACUCGUUUUAUCCCGACUUCUGCCAUUUCAAUUGAUCAGAAUCUCAGACUGCGAGCCAAGGCACUCGGGGAUCUCGCUGCUCUGCUGUUGCGAAAGGGAAAUCCGUUGAGUCGUGCUGCGCGCUGGGAACUUCUUUGGGGAGCAGAGAAACUUGCCGCGCAGCGAGCCAUGUGGAAGCUCGAGGAGUCACGCAAAGGCAAAAGUGAUGAGGGAUUCCUCAGUCAUGUCAUCGAUUCAUUGAAUGACAAAUUCAAGACGCUCCCUAGCAGUGCACACAUAGAAGCAGACGGACUGCGCCUCUGGUUCCUGAAAGAUACCUAUCGUAUGGAGCACGUCAUCCCAGGAAUCAAGAAUGCCAUCAAACCUCGAAAAGGAACGUCCUCCAAGCAAGCGCGGAAGCUCUCCGAACAAAUAUUGCAGGCUAGUGAAUUGUUCUUGGCGAUCAUCGAGACAGCUUAUCGCUAUCGAGACGAGCACGUGUCAUUGUAUGGGUUGGGGAGCGACUUUGUUGAGGAUGGUGUCCUUGCCGACGGGUACGAGACCCUGCCGGAAUUCUGGACGUCGCGAUCAAUGGGAUACGCUGAAGCUGGACAUCUCCUUGAUUGGGAGUUAGACAGCUGCCGAGCUUGGAUUCGCCAAAAGACUUCAAGUCCGGACGCACCCGAUGGUCAAGUCUUGAAGAAAAUUGCCGAGAAUAGCGCGCGCCACUUGCGGGCCCUGGGUCAGAUGCACCGUGAGCGGACACGCUGGCUAAAUGCCCAGGAGGAUUCGAAAGCGACAGACGAAAGUGUGGCGAUUGAACAAAGUCACGUUAAGGAACGGAAAUGGCAACUUUUCAAGCUUGCGGGCAUCGGUCACCUGCAGGAUGCUUUGAGUCUUGCUGAGCGCUUCCGUGACAUGGGCGCUUUGGUUGAGCUCAUCAUUGAAUUGCAGGAUCAGGUGAAGGGACAAUCGGGCUCAGAAUCAUUACUCGAGUCUCCAGCUGUCGCCACCACCGAAGCAGAUGUUGCGCAUCGAAUUUCGCAAUAUUUCGACAAGUUCGGGGAGCCUUGGGCGGAUGCAUACUUCUCGCGACAGAUCUCAAUGGGUCAUCCGGGUGCUCUUCUUUCCAUGCGCAAAUAUCAGCCUUCCGUCACCCGAUUUCUACGAAAGUCACCUGCGUACUCCAAAUUAAGUUGGAUCAACGAUGUGACUGGCGAGCAAGAUUACGAGACUGCUGCAGUCUGCUUGGAAAGCUUGACACUCAACGGCGACGAGGAGUUGUGGAGUCACCGGGUCCAAUUGUCUAUAGCCAAGCUAAGCAAACUUGCCACUGCGGAGAAGAAGGGCCCGCAAGCUGCCACUGCUUCCGUCAAGGAGGAUAUCAAACGGUUGGAUGAUGCCAAUGAGAUUGACGAGACUCAGGACUCGCUCCACACAUACAUCAAAUCCUUCUGUGAGGAUGCGAUCGAUCGGAGAGCCGCGGCAGACCUUGCUCUGGGCUACUUCGGCAGCCAUCUUGAGACCGACCGCCCCGCUCUUUACAAAGUUAUGGACGAUGCCCUGCUUACGCUGUUUGACCGACGCGUCCUUGGACCAGACCGACUGAUCGAUCUUUUGACACUGUUGGGCCCACUGCACCAGGAAGAAGAAAUGGAAAUCGAUCUGGGGGGCCGAGAAUUUUUCCUCGCGCUUCGGACCCUCGACCAAAGCCGCUAUGCGCAGCGUGAUCCAUCCUAUGUGUCAGCUGUGCGUAAACUUAUCUGGCGACGUUGUAUGUUGAAGGAUGAUUGGGAAGUAAGGGGUAAAGCUGCCGAAGGCUUGAAUGGGUCGUCAGACGAUUUCGCCUGUGAUACUGCUCUUUCUCAGACCCUUGUCAGGUGCUUGGAUGCGAACGCCACAGGCGGACCCAGUCCUCGGCCACUUGUUACUCCCCUCGCUCCCCUUGAGGCAUUAAUGGCAGAUACAGAAUCUGACAUUCUCGUAUCGCGGUUCCGUCCUGAGCAGCAGGCCCGGGUGGCCGCUGACUUGAAACGGGAAGACGAGCUUUGUCGCCGAUACAUUGAGCACGGCAAGCUUGAUUUCUGGUUCCAGCAUCUCUUGGAUGUCGUCAAGACCAAGGUCGUAUCGGACAAAACUAAGCCUGGUGAGACUGUGGAUGCAGAGACAGUUUAG